AUGCCCGCACACCGAACCCGCCUGGCUUUUGAGCCACUCUCGCCUUUGAUUGACAUUCAUCGGGUGGUUGAGUCCACUCCGAAUUUCGAGUUUGCAAUGGAUAUCACCUGCGACUCAAUAGACCAAUUUCCACUUGAAGACUUUGAGAAGCUUGUGCUGUUCCAAGUUGUUCUGAGCGGAAGACCAUUGGUUAUCAGGGGGUUUGAUAAACGUCUUGACCGUGGUCUCUUUUCGGAGAAAUGGCUCCGAAAAGAAUACGCGAGCAAAACUGAGGAAGUUCGAGAUCUAGUGAAAAAAAAGACUGAGAAGUUCACCAUGGGCCACUACCUAAAAAACAUGCCACUUCUCACUCGGCAGGUGACGGUUCAUAAUUACACAAACAAAGAGAUCCAACGGCUCUACCUCAAGGAUAUCGACUGCCCUCCUGCGUGGCGCACUUAUCUUGAGAACCUGUUUCCGCCUUCUCUCUUUUAUCUGAAUGAAGCGCCCAAAGCUUUUGAAGGCCCAGCAUCGCAGAAUUCAAAUCUGUCUGAGAUCCCCAGGUCCGCCAAAGGCGAACUUAUUGCGCCAGCGGGCGAUUUAAUGAGCAGUCUGCCCCCCAAAAUGCGCGCUGAAAACUUGAUGUGCUACAUCGGUCAUGAAGGCACGUACACUCCAGCACAUCAAGAGAUGUGUGCCAGUCUUGGCCACAACAUAAUGGUCGACGCGUCCGAUGGGUCUCCAGAAAAUGGCCAGCCAACGGAACCAGGUUCUUCAAUUUGGCUCAUGACAGAGACCAACGAUCGGCGGAUUGUUUCAGAAUACUGGAUGUCUGUUCUUGGGCAUGACAUUGACCUUGAAGAUUUCUUUGCUCCCUUGCAUGCAUGGGAAAUUGCACCAUUCAAGACCUGGGUGGUGGAACAGAAACCCGGUGACCUUAUUCUUGUACCCCCGCUUGCUGCACACCAGGUUUGGAAUCGCGGCACUCGGACAAUGAAAGUUGCAUGGAAUCGCACUACGGUUGACACGCUCGAGCUGGCUCUGCGUGAAGCUUUGCCGCAUGCGCGAAUGGUCUGCCGUGAUGAACAAUAUAAGAACAAAGCCAUUGUUUACUACACUCUUGACAAGUAUUCAAAUAUGUUGCAGCAAGCGAAAAAGGUCGACCAUCCGGCGGUGGUUCAACUGUGGGAAGAUUUCAAACGACUGUUCAACAUGUACAAAAACAUUUUGUUGUCUGAAUCCUUCUCUCUAAAGAACCCAGAGAAAAACGUUGAAUAUCACGAGUUCCAAAGCAAUGUCACCUGUUCAUUUUGCCGUUGCAAUAUCUUCAACCGGUUUCUUACCUGUCCUGGCUGUGCAAAUGCUUUUGGCGGUGACGAGGACCCUUAUGAUGUAUGCAUGGAUUGCUACGUUAUGGGUAGAAGCUGUGCCUGUGUUUCCAACCUCAAGUGGAUGGAACAGUUUCAAUGGAAGCAAUUGACAGAACGCUAUGAGGCAUGGCGACGGUUAAUCAUUUCAACUGAUCAGAACAAUAAGGAUCUGAAGGCUCAAUUCCCGACUUUCAUUGUCGCUCGCGGCAAGGUAGGCAAAAAGUCUGUGGCGGAGAUCUGCCAAGAGCAGCUGGCGCGUCGCCCCUGGAAUGAUCCAAAAAAGCCCAAGCCCUUGGAAGAAAUUACGGUCGAAAAUGUUGGUAGCGAUUCUGACGGCAACACUCGUUCUAAAAAGCGCCGCAAAAAGCGUCAGCCUCUCAUGGCCAAAUCAGCUAACGUAUACCGAUGUCACGUUUGUCUUCAUUUCGAAGUUGAUUGGAAGCUCGCACCAUGCUCAAAUUGUGAUCAGCGGUACUGUUACGGUAGCUUAUUCCGGGCGUUUGAAAUCUCCCCGCAGGAAGCGAUGGAAAAAUAUCACUGGCUGUGCCCAAAAUGCCGCAAGGAAUGCAGCUGCGGUGCUUGUCAGCGGGAUCCAUCCAUGAAACCCUAUGAGCCUAAUUGUACCAUUCUGGGUCACGACACCAGCAAGGUUGCCGAUCCCCGCAGCAUCGAGACUUUAGUGGAUUUCCGGAAAUCAAAUCUGUGGUGGCUGAAGAAAUUUGGCGAUGAUGUGCAUGGACGCAUUCAAAAACGCCAGAAGGAAGCCGAGGAAGCUGAGAUGGAGCGACAGAAAACCCUCGAAAACCAGGGUUUCAGCUUCGAGUCCAGCCCGUUCGAUCAGCCGGCACAGAAUGGAAAUGGAAGCGAUGAGAAUACACUGCACAUUGAUGAGAAUGAUGGGGGCAUCCCCGUUGAUCCAUCGUUGAUGGUCCAGGGCUUUGUUACAGCCUGA